UUUGGCUCCUGCUCUGACAGCCUCACCUGACGGAAAGAUGAAGGUCUCUGCAGCUGGAUUGGCUCUUCUCCUCAUUUCAGCCUCCUUCUCCCAAACUUUCUGUGGCCCAGCUGGACUCGACAUCCCAAUCUGCUGUGUCACAUACAGCCGGCACAAACUCCCGUGGAAGCUCAUCCAGCAUCAUUACAUAACCAGCAGCAGCUGUCCUCGGCCGGCCGUCGUGUUUGUCACAAAGGAAGGCCGCCAGGUCUGUGCCAAUCCUGAAAACACUUGGGUCCAAAGCUACCUGAAAAUUUUGGAGCAGAACUGAGCCAUGCAGUGUGGCAGGAGUAGCUGCUGUCAUGGACAAGUCACGUUAUCCUGAGCUCCCUCCGUGGA